GCCGAACAAAUCCACCACAUUUGCAACAAGAAUCUCUUGUAACAUGGAAAAUGAUGGGCUGGGAUUAAGAGGAAGAAAGCAUUGAAGAAAAAUAAAAAAACCCUACUGUUUUUGGGGCGCGUCGGUUGGCGACUCCGAUCCCAAUUUUUACCUUUGAAUUAUAUACGUACUCAAAUAUACCGUCGAAGUUGUAGAAAAAUGUUCUUUUUUGAGAUUCAACGCAUUCAGGAAUAAUAACCUCCUGUCGUCGUCACUCGUCACACUGUAAUUCUUCGAGGAAUCGGAAGUUAUUCAACUGCUCCACUCCAGUUGUCGAAUGCAGCGCUGCUAAGGAUAACGUCUUGCUAAAAAGUGUUGUUAGGACGACAUGAGCCUGGCAUGCCUCGUGUGCCAUGGAGAAAGCCCAUCACAUUCCUUCCGGAGCUGCUCUGUGUCAAGUUCAGACAGCGAAGGAAGAUGCUCAUCGAUCGCCAAUUGUUUGGCCAGGGCUUCGCUCCCGCAUCCUCGAUCCAACCACGGAUUUGCAUCAUCUAAAGUGAUGCCUCAACCUCCUACUCCAACUGGCGCUCCAAGACUCGUCCGGAGCCAUGCAGUCAGACGGGACAUUGUUAGAGACUGGAAUUUCGACGAAGUGCGUUUGGAACGUUAGUCCCGACGAUGCAUCGAUGCCAUAGUUAGCCUACAAGAUGGAAGCUUAACAUCGCCAUGUUUCUGUCUCGAAGCUUUUAUGUAGCUAGAAAUUUCAAAAAUCCGAUCUUUGUGUUUGUAACGUUGUGUAGCCGUUGGAUAUUCGAUCGUUGUCGUUACUUCUUUGGAUCGAUCUGAGUAAAUUUAAAUUCAAUUCAAAUUUCUGUUUUAGAAAGUUCCAAGAUCGA